AUGGUUGAGUUAUCGUUUGACCUGCCAGAGGGUUUUGCGUCUACCCAAGAUUUUCUUACGGCGCGCAAGUCCCUAAUCAAUGCCGAGCAAGCACUGGGAUACGAAAACAAGGUCAACGAGACUGCUAUCGAGCGCCAGGCCCAAGACGUGGUACAACGUCUCAAGAAAUGGGAGGACAGAAACCACCAUGGUGUUCAUCCUGAUGGGUCGGGUUGCGAGGCUGGCCAUCACUUCUUACACGGAGUAGAUGCGAUCGAGAAUAGCCAGCUCUUCAAGAUUGCGCAGCAUGCGCCCAAGGGAGCUCUUCUGCACUGCCACUUUGAUUGCAUCUUGCCGCCAAAGACCUUGCUAGAGGAUGCGAGGGCGCAAGAAAGAUUGCACAUCAAAAGUGACUGCCCUCUGACUUCAAAGGGGUUCUUCGCUUGUGCGCUGCCCCAAUUCUGUGUCUUGCCAGAACCUACAGACCUCAGCGAGGCAACAAAUGUCUUCAGCAAGACCUACGUGAUUGGGUCAUGGAUGAGGUAUUCUGACUUCCUGAGGCUGUUCCCAGGUGGCCCAGAUAGGGCUGAGUCGUGGCUCAGUAAGCAAAUGGUGAUAGGGCCAGAAGACGCCUACCAUCCACGUCAGACAGUCGACGGUAUUUGGAGAGAAUUCAUGCGGAGCGUGAUGGUCAUGCGGUCCAUGCUGUGCUAUGAGACGGCAUAUUGCGGACAGUUCCGGAGAAUUCUAUGGAAGUUUGCCGAAGACGGCAUCUCCUAUGCAGAGAUACGACUUGCCUUGAAUUACGAAUUCACCAUCCAAAGUGACGACGCGAAGAGAAGCUAUGGGCCUCAAGAGAUCAUCCAGAUGCUCGCAAACAUUCAAAAGGAGGAGAUCCCCAAGAUCGCCGCGUCGGGCCUGGUGUUCCACGGCGUCAAGAUUAUUUACGCGUGUAACCGUUCAGCCACCAGAGAGGCCAUGAAGGGCUGCAUAGAAACAUGCAUAGAAAUGAAACAACAAUUCCCGGAUUUCAUUUGCGCCUUCGACCUUCAGGGUCAAGAAGACACUGGACAUCCCUUGCUCUACUGGAUCGAGGAGCUGCUGGACAUGCGAGCCAAAAUCCAGCAUUUGAAGCUUGACCUUCCCUUCAUCUUCCACGCAGGAGAAACUCUUGACCAUGGAGGUGACACGGAUAUGAACCUUUUUGAUGCCAUUCUCCUCGGAACAAAGCGCAUCGGGCACGGAUUCAGUCUCAUCAAGCACCCAUUGCUGAUGAAAUUGUGCAAGGAGAAGAAUAUCGCUAUCGAAACGUGCCCCAUCUCGAACGAAGUCCUGGGACUCUGCCCAACGACCAAGAUGCAUCACCUUCCAGUUUUGCUAUCGAACUGCGUGCCAUGCACGGUUAAUAGCGAUGAUCCUGGGUCGUGGGGGGCGAGCGUCAUGUCGCAUGACAUUUACCAAGCACUCAUGGGAUCUCAUAAUCUCUCACUCCUUGGACUUCGAGUGAUUGCCGAGUGGAGCUUCGAGUUCAGUUGUAUGGACCAUGACGUACGCGAAAGAGCAUCUCGAGACUUUGCCAAGAGCUGGAUCAAAUACUGCGAAUGGAUUGUCGAUACUUACGGGGGAAAAGAAUAG